AUGAGUCGUGGUGAGUCGGAACUGGAACGGCCAAGUGAUUUGCAUGGAGAUCAUGGUGGGAAUCAUGUAGGCGUGCGAGUAGGCAAUGGAGAAAACCCAUCUGUUGCUGAACACGCAGCUGUGUCGGCUGUGCCGCGACUGAGAGACAUGCAGCGAUCUUCAAGCAUGUGGCCCCAACAAACGAUGCCAUUAGUGAAUCCUCGGAAUGAACAGCGUCCGCCAAACGUGCGAAGAUGGAGUAGCGGUGUGGAAUCACUUCAGAAGCUAGGUCCAAGGCAGUUUCAUAUGGAGGUGCAGCCAACGAUUCAGCGCCUCUUAGAGCAAGAGGACACAGAUGGUGACAAUCAAAUUAGUAUCGCCGACAAAGGUCCGAAGACCAUAACACUUGAGACGGUUGAUGGUCCGUCCUCAGAGAUUCGUGGCACUUAUAUGCUUGCGAGUCUGCUGCAGGAGUUGGCACUUGCGAUGGACCGAGGUGAACAGCACUUGAUCGUCUCUGAGGCAUGCCUUGCAGAGAACCCGAUCGACAAGCUUUCGCGCAUGAUCCGCACCAUGUUUUGGAAUAACUUGACGCGAAGAAUCGAUGCCGAGGGCUUGCAGAAAGUGCUACUUGAUCCUAAAAAUCGCUCAGCGCAUCGUGGGCAGAUCCUGUAUGUGCCGGCAGGUGAGCCUGAAAUGAUUGCAUAUUACCGCCGAGUCGCGGAGGAACGGCCUGCGUUGCGACUGAAUGUCGAGGUGCUUCCCAAAGUGUGCACACCCGAGUAUGUGCGAGAUCUGAAUCAACGUCCGGGUUUGCUGGCCAUCGCGAUGGAGAAGGUCCAAGACGAAAAGACGGGCCAGAUCGACUUGCGAGGCAUCCCGUUUGUCGUGCCCGGUGCGCGGUUCAAUGAGCUAUACAACUGGGACAGUUACUUUAUUGCACUGGGGCUGUUGGAAGAUGGACGACUUGACCUGGCAAAGGGGCCCGUGGACCACUUUAUCUUCGAGAUCCAGCAUUACCACAAGAUCAUGAACGGCAAUCGGACGUAUUACCUGUUACGUUCGCAGCCGCCGUUUUUCACGGACUUUACACGUCGCGUGUACGAGCGCAUGCUGUCCGACCAGCCUGAGCACAAGGCGCAGCACAAGGCAUGGCUUCACCGCGCUUUAUGUGCGGCGAUCAAAGAAUACCACAUGGUCUGGAUGAGUGAGCCCAGGUUUGAUCCAAACACAGGCCUGUCUCGAUACCAUCCUGAGGGAUUGGGCGUGCCGCCAGAGACGGAGGCGUCGCACUUUACAGCGCUCUUGCGGCCGUAUGCUGAGAAGUAUCAAUGCAGUGUGAAUGAAUUCACGCGCAUGUAUGAUAAUCAGGAGGUGCAAGAGCCAGAUCUCGACGAGUAUUUCCGUCACGAUCGAGCCGUGCGCGAGAGCGGACACGAUACCUCAUACCGUGUUGAGCGCAAGUGUGCAGAUCUUGCGACUAUUGACCUGCAGUCACUUUUGUUCAAGUACGAACGAGACAUUGGCGAGCUAAUCCGCGACGAGUUUGACGAUGAACUGGAGCUCACGGACGAAUUUCGUUUGGAUACCUCCCAUGGUGCCGAGGCAGGCCGCUUAGUGAGCAAGCUGCAGCGCAGUGCCGAGUGGUUCGAGCGGGCUGCGUUCCGGAAGAAGCAGGUCGAUGCGUACUGCUGGAAUGAAGGCAAGGGGUUGUACUACGAUUACAAUCUGCGCAAGGGAGAACAAAGCCUGUAUGAGAGUGUCACGUCAUUCUGGACCAUGUGGUCCGGCAUGGCAUCGCCCGACCAGGCCGCCCGCAUGAUGCGCUUGUCAUUGCGCAAGUUUGAAGUAACGGGUGGCCUUGUAACUGGUACAGAGGAAUCGCGCGGCCCCGUCUCACUCUCGCGGCCGAAUCGACAGUGGGACUAUCCGUAUGCAUUGCCGCCGCAUCAAAUGCUCGCUUGGGAAGGACUCAAGCGGUACGGGUACAUGGACGAUGCUCGGCGCCUUGCAUAUCGUUGGCUGUAUAUGAUCACGACGGCGUUCGUGAACUUUAAUGGUCUUGUGCCGGAAAAGUUUGACGCCGUCGCUCUGAGUCACUUGGUAAAUGCCGAGUACGGAAACCAGGGCACACAGUUUGCCUAUGUGCCGCGAGAAGGUUUUGGAUGGACGAAUGCUAGCUUUCAAGUGGGUCUUACGUAUCUCUCGAGUCAUAUGCGCAAGGCUGUGGCGGUAUGCCAGCAUCCCGAUGAUUAUUUUGCCAACAUGCGCCGGUCCGCAUCCUUUGGCAAGAGUGUGCCGGCCCUGAUCCGCCGACUGUCGUCUUCUUUCAGCGAACAGGAGUAA